GUCGACGGCAUAUGAAGGUCCAGCGGCCUUGUCCGCGGGCAUGCAAGGAGAAAGUUCAGCAGGACGUCACGUGCAAGGUCGCCUGUCGACGUCGAAUUCAUGGCAGAUUUGCAGAGGAGAUUGCCUCUGCUGCUGCUCGUGGUGGUCGUCUUCCUCUUUGUCGUCUUCCUCCACGUGUGCUUGUCGUGCCGUCCGUGGAAGCAACGUCGAAAGCGCACGGCGUCGAUGAAACGCGCUGUGCUUCAAGAGGAACGUCCCAUGGCGGGCAUGAAGGCACGUGCUAUUUUGCCUGCAGCUGAGGGCGGAAGAAGACCUGCGACGACGGAGCCUUCAUGGCGGUACGACCCGUCCAUGUACAGCCAUCUGCCGUCGUGGGAGACGCCGCUGCCUCCCUCGGACGAGGAGCCGAAGGGGGAUGAACUUCCAACGUUUCCUCUCGCCAGCGGGUCGACGCAGCUGUUGUCGCAGACGGUGCUCGUAGGCGGGUCGGCGAGCAACGAACGAGGCGAGUACACGUCACUCCUGCAGCAAGGGUUGGGAGACGACGACGACGGGGGAGUUGAUCUCCGGUUCGGCUUGAGUUCUGGCGGUGCCAGGGAGGCGAGCCGCACGGUCAUCACCGCCGCCCAUGCUUCCGCAUGUGGCCUGCAGCAGCCUCGAAGGGAGCAGACGGGACCUUCCACAGUACGUGGCGGCGCGUCCGUCGUUGGCGGUGUCGGGUCUUCGCCAGCAGCUUGGCAGCAUGUAUCGGGUGCGCCGUCCGGGGAACGAUUGACGGAUAACUGGGACGUGCGCACUGCUGCCGCAACAGCACCACCGGCGGGUUCAGGAGCCAGUGUGGAGAACAUCACUCGAGGCGUGUCGAACAUGCGGGCACACAGCGAUGGCGGCGACGACGAUGGCUGUGGCGGUGACGAUGCCGACGACGGAUUCAGGGAGGAAGUCGAAGCGGGGGACGACGACGACGACAAUGCUGUUCUGCCUGUGGGGAAGACGGGUGGUAGGGGUAUUGGACGCAACAACCGUGGUGGCCGUGGUCGAUCCGUUGGCCGUGGCGGCAGAGGUGGCGUCACCGACGACGGAGGGAAGUCUGCGACGUACUGGUCGACGGACGAGCAGAUGGUCCUCGUCAGAUGCAAGCGGGAGCAGGAGGCGCACCUCGCUGGGCUGGGCCACAAUUACGGUCGGAUGCGGACGAAGGAGUGGAAGUGGGUCGACAUUGCGAAGCGCAUGGCGAACGGUGGGAGCCCUAAAGACGCAGACGACUGCAUGAAGAAAUGGGACAAUUUGUUCCAAAACUACAAGAAGAUACAGAGCUUCUCACCGCGGAGCAAUCUCGCCGCGCUACGUCGCCCUUCUCGUCAUAAAGCUUCUCGCUGUAAAGCUUCUCGCCGCGGAGCAAUCUCGUCGCGCUACGUCGCCCUUCUCACCGUAAAGCUUCUCGCCGUAAAGCUUCUCGCCGUGAAGCUUCUCGCCGCCGUUCCUGCCCUUCCCACCGUAAAUCUUUUCGCCGUAAAGCGUCAUCGAAGGAAGGCGAAAGGAAGGCGCCAUAUCCCGAAAUCGAAGAAGGUGCGCUCCGGUGAAGCGUCAGGAAACGUGCCUGCUCGUGGUUCCGAAGGUUGGGCGGCCGCAGCGGAAAUGGAGUCUGACGACGACUUCGGGAUGGAGGAACCGCAGGCGGAGGCGACGGCAUCGACAGUGCGACAAAGCGCUCGCCAACGAGCUUUUGAUCACAUCGCGCCGAAGAGGAUGCUCCCCCCUGCACCCGAGGCGCAGCAGGCGCGUGGCCGCGAUGCAAGGAAAGACAAGGCUGCCGUCGUCGUGGCGGAAGGCGAUGAUGACGAGACGUUGGAAAGACGUCGCCAGCGCAAUCUUGCACAAGAUUCCGCAUCCCUGUUGAUGACUACACGCCUCCCGGAAAAGGAAGUCGUGCCAGAGCGACACGCAAUCGAGGGCGAGGCGGCAGGUGCUGCGGGCGGGACCGCCACAAUGAACUCGGCCCCCGUGGCGACGGCGAGAGAGGAGGCACCAGCUGCGGCGACGGCGAGAGAGGACGCGCGUAGCGAGAACACAACCGAUCGGGAGGGCGGCGAUGUUGGUCCGAGCCGGGUGCGCAAGGAAACCAUGAGCAGAGAGCUCAUCGAUCGCGCCCUGCUCUGGGUGGAUGACAAAGCGUUCCGGACGACGGGGGAGGGGCAAAGAUUGUACAACAUCAUCCACGAGACGCGGGAAUACUUCGUCGCCAUCGCCAGCGGCCUUCCAACGACUGCCGUCUCUCGCAGCGUCAUCCUGCCGAAGUCGAGCACCAGAGUAGCCAGGAUCUCCGACCCAUCGCAGCUGCAGCAAGCGAUCUCCCGUGCGGCGAAAGUGGAGAACGUGGCUUUGCGCGUCCUGCACGGCUGGGUUUUCAAGUCCGGCAACCGCGCAAGGGGGUACAACCUGGCUUACCAGUACGCACUGGAGUCCGUAGCGACGGACAUCGCGCGUGCUAUAUGGUACGCCGAGAACUGGUCCAACGUCGUCAGCGCGCCCAUCUGCGGCCACACGAUAGAUCUCAACAUGGACUUGCCACUGUGGUUCGACGUCGCCCAUAUCGACGACAGACCCGACGACGACGACAUGGCGGCGUACCAGGAGUCGACCGUCAUCUUCAUCGCCCAAGCAUUCCGCGCGGCGGUGCUGAUGGGAGCGCACAUUGACGGCGAUUUCAUCUCCUACGAUCGUCUUUGUCGGGUGGCUGACUGCUUCAGACUUCUGUUGGCGGCGACAAUAUGGAUAAUGUGCAUGGCGGGAGAUGACUUCCGCAGCCACUACGAGGCAUUUUACUCCGUCAACUUGCUGGCCAGGCCUACACUGGUCGCGUCCAUGCAUCGCUCCUUCGACCAUAGACGAUCCGUCGUCCGCGCCGCGAAAGCCGUCACCGAGAGGCUUGGGAAGGCGAACCCCACGUUUGGCGAGCACCCCAACUACAUCCCUCAAUGGGCACCAUGCGGCAUUACUUUCGGCCACGACGCCAGCGUAACGGGUCAUGUAUUGCAGGUGUUGAUUAUGAUUUAAAAAAACGAUUUGAUUUCUGUCCUUCCUGUUAUGCACAUUGGGCACAGCACACGGGUCACACACACGUCGAAUGUCGCAUAAGCGGAAUGUUUGCGCACCUUCAACAUAACUCCCCAGCACGCGACCAGAUAAAGCCAUUCAUGACAUCAGGAGUGAAGACAAACAGCAAAAAGAAAAUAAGAAAAAAAAAAAAGAAAAAAAAAAAAGGAAAGAUGGCCAGCGCUGCCGAACGAAACAUUCCAUGAACCACGACGAAUGUCCAAAAGGUGGCGAACGCUGUUGAAGACAAGAAAAAUGGAACAAAACGAAAAAGAAAAUGAGCGAAGAGAAAAAAAAAAAAAAAAAGGUUAAUUCCAAAGCUUCGCACAACCGUGCGAGCCACCAAAAUCUGUCUGCACGACGACACAUAGAAAAAAUAACUCAAUGGCGACAACAAAGCCGCCAUUACAUC